AGUAUUUCCUGAACAGCUGUCAGUACUAGACAACCGAGUAAACGCGGCCGAUCAUGCGGCGAAUGAUCCACUAUUAAAGGCGAAGUCCUCUCAUCUUGGAAAAUCUGCCUUCUUUAUUUUAAUUUUUUAUACAUUUUUUCAUUUAAAUCCCUUUCGCUUAGUGCAGUGCGAUUUUCGUUUGUUACUGUCAUCGGUUAAAACUAGGAACGGUCUUCGGAUUCGCGAACAUGGUGGCGAGAAUUUCGACGACUGUGUUACUCUGUUUGGUUCUGGUCUGGGUGGGAUUUACCGAUAAUGUCGAUGGUGGAAGAAAAAGGUUCCGACGGCCAACGACAUCCAGUCCCUCAAUUUUUAAUGAUCAGGAGGUAUCUGCGAGUGUCAACAAGCUGAAAGUAAUACGUAAUCGCGUCACCACGAAGAAUACGAAAAAUGAAUUGCAGCCUGGAAAAUCGACAGACGAUUACAAGAUUGUGUGUUAUUACACAAAUUGGUCGCAGUAUCGAACCAAAGUAGGAAAGUUCAUGCCAGAAGAUAUUCAGCCUGAUUUAUGUACCCACAUUAUCUUUGCUUUUGGAUGGCUUAAGAAAAACAAGCUCACUAGCUAUGAGUCAAAUGAUGAAACAAAAGAUGGAAAGGUUGGACUUUAUGAAAAAAUGAUGACUCUGAAGAAGGCCAGUCCUUCUCUGAAAGUUCUACUCGCUAUUGGUGGGUGGUCGUUUGGUACACAAAAGUUCAAGGAUAUGACAUCGACACGAUAUGCAAGACAGACUUUUAUUUAUAGUGCCAUACCCUAUUUACGUGACAGAGACUUUGAUGGAUUAGACAUUGAUUGGGAAUAUCCUAAAGGAGGGGAUGAUAAGAAGAAUUACGUUCUAUUUUUAAAAGAAUUGAGGGAAGCUUUCGAAGCAGAAGCUCAAGAGAAAAAGAAACCACGAUUGUUGCUCACAGCUGCUGUACCAGUCGGACCAGAUAACAUUAAGGCUGGUUACGACGUUCCAGCAGUUUCCAGCUAUCUGGAUUUUAUAAACUUGAUGGCUUAUGAUUUCCAUGGAAAGUGGGAAAAAGAAACAGGACACAAUGCUCCCCUUUAUGCAUCGUCUUUAGACUCAGAAUGGCAGAAGCAAUUAAGUGUUGAUAAUGCAGCAUCCAUGUGGGUACGCUUGGGAACACCAAAGGAAAAACUAAUUAUUGGAAUGCCUACUUAUGGUCGUUCCUUCACUUUAUCGAACCCGGAAAAAUUCAGAAUUCAUUCUCCAGCUAGUGGAGGUGGAAAAGCUGGCGAAUAUACUAAGGAGUCUGGAUUCCUGGCUUAUUACGAGAUUUGUGAGAUGUUGCAAAAUGGAGCAGCGUACGUUUGGGAUGACGAAAUGAAAGUACCCUAUCUAGUACAUGGCGAUCAAUGGGUAGGUUUUGAUGACGAAAGAUCAAUCAGACACAAGAUGCAUUGGCUCAAGGAUAAAGGAUAUGGUGGAGCUAUGGUGUGGACUGUCGAUAUGGACGACUUUAAUGGUACCACUUGUGUUGGAAAUGUUCGAUAUCCUCUAAUUGGUGCUAUGAGAGAAGAACUCCUCGGAAUUUCUCGAGGUAUCGACACUAAAGAUGUUGAUUGGAGUGUUGUCGCUACCACAAUAACAGAAACAAUUGUUAAAAAACCAGAGCCCUACAAAAUCUCAGCCUCAGAAGUCAUAAACAAGGCGAAAAAGGCCCAUAAAACAACGCAAACGGUCAUUAAAACAUCCAGUCGUGAAAGAGAACCUCAAACAAUCUGCUACUUGACAAACUGGUCACACAAAAGACCAGGAAUGGGAAAAUUCAUGCCUGAAGAUAUUGAUGCCACUCUUUGCACCCAUGUCAUCUAUGCUUUUGCUACUCUUAAAAAUCAUCUGCUUUCCGAAGGUAAUGAGAAGGAUUUGGAAAUGUACAAUCGCCUGAUUGAACUACGUGAAAAAAAUCCAGAUAUAAAGAUUCUCCUGGCUAUCGGUGGUUGGGCGUUUGGUUCCACUCCAUUUAAGGAACUUACCAGUAAUACUUUCCGCAUGAAUCAGUUUGUCUACGAAGCCAUUGAAUUCCUAAGGGAAUACAAAUUCGAUGGUCUUGAUGUAGACUGGGAAUAUCCUCGUGGUGCAGAUGACCGAGCAGCUUAUGUAAAUUUGUUAAAGGAAUUGAGAAUGGCUUUCGAAGGAGAAGCAAAGAGUUCUGGACAACCGAAACUGAUUCUAUCUGCUGCUGUUCCAGCGAGCUUUGAAGCAAUCGCUGCAGGAUAUGACGUACCAGAAAUAUCCAAAUACUUGGACUUUAUCAAUGUCAUGACUUAUGACUUCCAUGGACAAUGGGAAAGGCAAGUUGGACACAACAGUCCACUAUUCCCAUUGGAAACUGCCACCAGCUAUCAGAAGAAAUUGACGGUGGACUUCAGUUCCCGAGAAUGGGUGAAACAAGGUGCUCCAAAAGAAAAAUUGAUGAUUGGUAUGCCGACCUACGGUAGAUCAUUCUCGCUUGUUGACAAUGACAAAUUUGACAUUGGUGCUCCAGCUUCAGGUGGUGGAACUGCUGGAAAUUUUACUAAUGAACCUGGUUUCUUGUCCUACUAUGAGGUUUGUAGUUUCUUGAAUGAGGAUAAUACGACUUUGGUAUGGGAUAGUGAACAACAGGUGCCAUUUGCCUACAGAGACGAUCAGUGGGUAGGAUUCGAUGACGAAAGGAGUCUUGUAAACAAGAUGACUUGGCUCAAGGAAGAAGGCUUCGGCGGUAUUAUGAUCUGGUCCGUUGAUAUGGAUGAUUUCAAGGGAAGUUGUGGAACUGGGAAGUAUCCUUUGAUCAAAGCUAUGAAGAAGGAACUUUUGGAUUACUCUGUUAAGCUUGAAUAUGAAGGACCAUAUGAAACGGCUUCAAGAAGUGGAAAAUAUACCACAAAGGAUCCAAACGAAGUAACUUGUGACGAGGAGGACAACCACAUAUCCUACCACAAGGACAAAAACGACUGUACAAUGUACUACAUGUGUGAAGGCGAAAGGAAACAUCACAUGCCAUGUCCAGCAAAUCUGGUCUUCAACCCUAACGAGAACGUAUGCGAUUGGCCAGAAAAUGUAGAAGGUUGCUUACAACACACCCAGGCACCACCAGUGUGAUUCCAUUAUCAUGAAAAAAAAAAUGAAGAUUGAAAACAGAAGAGUCAACUUUUGAGAAACGAGACGCUAAAUGAUUUUCUGGAAACAUAUACUCAAAGUCUGAGAAUAAAACUCAAAAUCUGGGACUAAAAAUCAAAGUCUAAAAUGAAAAUCCAAAAUCUGUGAUUAAAACUCAAAGUCUAGGACUGAAAGUGAAUUUUAAAACUAGAACUAUUCGAACUCCAGUAAUCAUUCUUUAAUGCUAAUUAGCCACUUUCACUCUUUUUUUUAUUACUGCGUUCGUUCUCCAUCGAAUUUUACAACGUAUGCGCAUCAAUUGGCUAUGAGUAUUAAAAUGAAAAACUCGACGAGAGUCAGCCAGGCUUGGCCCAGUCUUUCGUAAUUUCCGGAACUGAGGGCCGAGGCCUGGCAGGCUGUGUGCGGUGUUCCCAGGGUAAGAAGGACCUUGUCUGAAGAGUAAGAAGGUGUUGUUUCGGUGCAGACAGCUCGGCCCGCGAUUGUCCGAAGUUGUCUUGCAUCUGAUUGAGAGGCCGUGUGAAUCUGGCGCGAUUCGCGAAGCCAUCGCCUUAGCCACAGGCUCAGCCAUGCGAUUUCACAAUCGCACUCCAACGGGUUCCCGGACACUUGCAGGCCACCUGUGGACAAAUUCAGUUCAAUGAAACUAAUAGUGUAUUGUAUACCUAGGAGGCAAGCUUAGUCCUUUUAUACGAUCGUGAGUUUGCAACUAGUGCAGUUUCAAUAACCGGACUUAGGCGGCGCGGCAAGGCCCGCUUAAACAUGAAUGGCGUGGCGUACCCAGUGUGGAUGAGCGUCAAGCGCUAGUAAAAGCUAAGUAUUGCAAACACGUCAUGGUAAAGAGGCGUUUGCCUCCUUGGUGCACACGAUAUUUUACGUAGUAAAGGUCUGAUUUACAAGUUUAUCACGUCUAACAUUUGCGAUCAAGUUGAUAUGGCCAUAGUCGUAGACGGGCGACAGUGAAUGCGCAUGCGUGGAGUAAGGCUAUGAGCCUGCAAUUAUUUUAUGGGUUCCUAAUUGUACUGCACAAAUGCGUAUUCGCUGUCGCUUCCCUUGUUGUACAGGCGGCUACUUUGAGAUCUGAAAAUAGGCUGAUAAAACGCGUAAAUCAUUCCUGCGCUACAUAUUUUUUCCGCUGAAAGGUUCAAGGGAAAGGGAUGCUGAUGAUGUAGUUGGUAAAUAUUUCAAACCAUAAUUGCAUAAGAAAUAUUUUUAAAAUAAACUAAUGAAAAAUUCGAAAAUCGGAAAAGUUGUUUGCAACAUCCAUAAUUAGAAUCGAAAUUAUUUAACUGACUCUAAAACUUCGAGAUUUUGAAGUUGAAAACAAACCAGUAAGUUUUCAAGCUUUAAAAAAAAGAUGAUAAAUCCUAAGGUAUCAAAAGUGUUGCAGCUCAAUUCAAUCAACGCGGGAAUUUGGAGAACAUUUUAAAAGACUGGAGAAUAUUUUUGACGGAAAUAUUAUAUACAUCAAUUUAUCUACUCAGAUUCAUAAUCUAUAUGCAAAAAAAUAUAAAUUUUAUAUUAACUACAUAAUAUUUAAAAAUUAUUAUUAUUUUUCAGUAAGAUUUUCAGUAUAUAUUACUACAUUUAAUAUAAAUUUAACUGAGCAAAGAUAAUGAAAGAGUUAGUUACUGCUCUUACGAGAUUAAAAUACAUUUAAUUAAUGAUUUUGUAUCAUUUGCCUUCCAAAUAUGUGAUUAAAAAACAAAAAUUCUAGAAUAGCUGAAAAAAUUAUAUCAUAGAAUGACGAUGAAAGAUAAAUAUAUUUCUAAACCACUGUAUAUAAUAUAUUUUUUCUCGAUAAUUUAAGAGCAACAUCAGUCCCCCAUUCGUUUAGAAAUUAAGAUCCUAUCAGUGUAAGUAAAUUAACUAAGUGUGCUGUCCUCAGCAAGGCGAUUGUUACGCGAUUCCUGAAGAUUAUGUAUUGUAUAAACAGGUAUUAACUGUAUAAUAGUUAAAAAGUGUAGCACCGUACCAUUUAAGAUUCCUUAUCUUAAGAACGCAAAAAGCAUUCUUUCGUAAAGUUCAUUUAUAAACUUUAAGCGACGCGAAACCCGAAAGGUGCGAAUUCCAACAAAUUGACAUGUAAGGCAUUCUUAAUUAAAUAAAGAAAUGUUGUAUAUAAAGUUA